UCUACACGUUGUAGAUUAUGUACUGUAUUUUCUGUUUUUUUUUUUCCCUCGCAGCUUCUCUAGUUUUCCCAUUUUCUUUCCUAAAAAGAAAAAAAAUUUAUUCUUGCCUUUGAAAUCAAGACCAUAUUUUUUUUCUGGGUCUUUGCUGCUCUGAUCGAUCAGUUUGCUCAUCAUCGAGGAAAUGUUGGUUAAUAUGGACAAAUUUGGGAUUUUAGGUCCCAAAAUUUGAUGGUUUUUGCACAUUGUCCUGUUCAUUUGUGAUAUUUGGUUCAUCGUCAACUCGAUCUCUUUGGACCAAUCAAGGUUUGAGUUCUUUUUCCGUAAUUUGAUCUACAUUGGUGCCUUUCUGAAGAUUUUUGCACAUUUGUCUUUGCAUGCUCUGUUGGAUUUUGAGCUUGUUUUAUGUCCUUUGAGAUCACUUAAAGCUCUGAUGGAUUCCUACGAGGAAUUAUAGAAUUUUGUGAAGUUCACAUUGAUACGUCAAAAGGGUUUUGUUUUGAAGAUUUGGACACUGUUAGUUUUGCUCGGUUAACUGGCUUUUCAGAUAAGUUAUGAGGUGUUUUUGAUAAGUUAUGAGAGAUUGUUGGGUUUUGUAGGAUAUUUGAUUUUCUUCGGUGUUUGCUGGGGCUUUUAAAAUGAAGAGGUUAAAAAGUGAACCUCCUAGUGGUAGGAGGUGCAAAUUGUCACAUUUCUUACUGGGUAUUGGAGCAUUAUACUUGGUGUUUUUAGCAUUAAAAUUUCCGCACUUUUUAGAGAUUGCAGCAAUGUUGAGUGGAGAUGAUAGUUAUGUUGGACUAGAUGCGGCUGCAGCAGAAGAUAUGGAAGAUUCGGAUUUAAGCAAGCCAAUUUUCAGCUCUGUUUAUAAGGAUACAUUCCACCGGAAAUUGGAAGAUAACCUAAACCAAAAUGCACCAAGGAUGCCUAGUAAGGAACCUUUGCAAGAAGUAAAAGAAGUGUCUAAGCCUAUAAAGCCACUUCAGCACCGAUAUGGACGAAUAACAGGAGAGAUUAUGAGACGAAGGAAUAGAACUAGUGAUUUGUCAGUGCUUGAGAAACUAGCAGAAGAGGCUUGGAUUUUGGGAUUGAAGGCAUGGGGAGAAGUGGAGAAGUAUGAUGAAAAGGAGAUUGCACAAAAUUCCGUAUAUGAGGGGAAGCCUGAGUCAUGCCCCUCAUGGUUAUCAAUAAGUGGGGAGGAGUUGGUUGGGGGGGAAAAGAUGAUGUUCCUUCCAUGUGGUUUAGCUGCAGGGUCUUCCAUAACAGUGGUGGGAACACCUCAUUAUGCACAUGAGGAGUAUGUACCUCAGCUGGCAAGAUUGAGAGCUGGUUAUGGCUUUGUUAAGGUUUCACAGUUUAUGAUUGAGUUGCAAGGGCUAAAGGCAGUUGAUGGGGAGGAUCCACCAAAAAUUUUACACUUGAAUCCACGGUUAAGAGGAGACUGGAGUAAGCAACCAGUUAUUGAGCAUAACACCUGCUAUAGGAUGCAAUGGGGUGGAGCUCAGAGGUGCGAUGGUUUGCCAUCCAAGAAAGAUGAAGACAUGCUGGUGGAUGGAUUUAUGAGAUGUGAGAAAUGGAUGCGAAAUGACAUUGUAGAUUCUAAAGAGUCCAAGACAACAUCAUGGUUCAAGAGAUUCAUAGGGCGUAAACAAAAGCCAGAAGUGACCUGGCCAUUUCCUUUUGUGGAGGGACGAUUGUUUAUCCUGACAUUGCGUGCUGGUGUUGAUGGCUACCAUAUUAAUGUCGGGGGUCGACAUGUGACCUCAUUUCCAUAUCGUCCGGGAUUUACCCUCGAAGAUGCAACAGGAUUAGCUAUCAAAGGAGAUUUAGAUGUCCAUUCAGUUUAUGCCACCUCUCUUCCUAGCUCUCAUCCAAGUUUCUCUCCUCAAAGGGUGUUGGAAAUGUCAAAGAAGUGGAAAGCUCUUCCUUUACCGAAGAGUCCUGUUCAACUUUUUGUUGGGAUCCUUUCUGCUACGAAUCACUUUGCAGAACGUAUGGCAGUGAGAAAAACUUGGAUGCAAUCAUCACCAAUCAAGUCUUCAAAUGUAGUAGUUCGUUUCUUUGUUGCGUUGAGCCCCAGGAAGGAAGUGAAUGCAGUGUUGAAGAAAGAGGCUUCUUAUUUUGGUGAUAUUGUGAUAUUGCCAUUUAUGGAUCGCUAUGAACUUGUGGUUCUUAAAACUGUUGCUAUUUGUGAGUUCGGGGUUCAGAAUGUUUCUGCUGCAUAUGUCAUGAAAUGUGAUGAUGACACAUUUGUUAGGGUGGACACUGUCCUGAAGGAAAUUAAUGGUAUAUCUCCCAAAAAGUCUCUUUAUAUGGGCAAUCUCAACCUCUUACAUCGACCGCUGAGAACUGGAAAAUGGGCAGUCACUUUUGAGGAGUGGCCAGAAGCGGUAUAUCCUCCUUAUGCCAAUGGGCCUGGAUAUGUAAUUUCCAGUGACAUUGCUAAAUUUGUCAUUUCGCAACAUGACAAUCAAAGCCUGAGGCUUUUCAAAAUGGAAGACGUCAGUAUGGGAAUGUGGGUUGAACAAUUUAACAGUUCCAAGCCCGUGCAGUAUUCCCACAAUUGGAAAUUUUGUCAGUACGGAUGCAUGGAGAACUAUUACACUGCACAUUAUCAAUCCCCAAGACAGAUGAUCUGUCUGUGGGACAAGCUGGCGAGAGGUAGAGCUCAUUGUUGCAACUUUAGAUGAUGACUGCCUUACCACAAGUCCUCCAGAAGAUAACAGCAGGCCACACUGCAUUAGCUGAUCAGAACUCAUCUUCUUGUUCCUGUCUCCCCACAUGUUGCUGAUUCUUGUGCAUUUAACUGGGUUGCAGAGAUGGCAGUGUAUUGAGUUACAGCUAUUAUUUUGGAAGAACGUGGACUGUUUCAUGUUGUAAUUGAGAAUGAUUCAUACUUAGGUCAACGCAUUUUGGCUUGAACUAAAAGCAGAGAAAAUUUGUAGAAGUAUAUUUGUAUAUCUUGUAUGACAUACGCUCAAAUUUGGUUGGCAAGUGGCAGCAAGAAGCCUUAAAAUCAAUCCAACUUUGACUUAAC